AUGAGAUUAAUUAAUCGUAUCACACUAGAUGUAUGUAAUUUAUUAGAGAAUAAAUGUAUGUUUCCCCUGAACCCUAUAUUGUCAAUUUCGAGGUUCCCAAAGAUUAAACGAGUCGGAUUCUACAGCCCUUGCCUGAUUAAAAGGAUGAUGCACGUUCUCCUGAAGCCUAACAACGACGAAGUCAAAGCCCUUUACCAAAAUCACAAGUCGUUUUACGAAGGCGACUGCGGGUUGGACCUCUUUUGCGUAGAAGAUCAGACAGUGGAGGCGCAUGAUACGUCAAUAAUUAAUUUGGGUAUCCGAGUGUCGGCAUUCAAGAAACAGGAAGACGGAAGACCCACGAAGUCAGUAGGAUGGUUAAUGUUUCCCAGAAGUAGCAUGGCUAAAACUCCACUCAGAUUAUCAAAUUCAGUUGGUGUUAUUGACCCUCAGUUCCGGGGCGAACUAAGACUAUCACUUGAUAACAUUAAGGAUUUCCCAUAUACAGUAAAGAAGGGAGAUAGGCUUGUUCAAAUGGUUUCAUAUGACGGAGAACCAAUAACAUUUGAGGUUGUUGAUGAAUUGGAUGAAACUCAAAGAGGAAGUAAAGGCUUCGGUUCCACUGGGAGAUAA